CCUGUGACCUCUCAUCUCCUUAGCACUUACUAAUAAUUCCCUAGCCCCGUUGUGUUAAUUCUUCGGGCAGAGACCACACAACACGCCUUGAGUCUCAGGUUUGCAAUGAUGACCGGAGUCCAGUACCCUCCUCUUGGAUGACCGCUUUGGCCCUGCGGCCUCAGGCCGAUUACUUGGAAGCUAAGGAAGCGAAAACGCGCGCCGCGGGAGUGUCGGGGAGAAAGCGCCCGGAACAGCCCGGAGCGGCCUGACUUCCCGCCGCGCUCCAGGCUCCGGAGGCGCCGGAGUUCCUGCGGUUACAGCUCUGCGCAUGAGCGGAAGUCAGGCUUUGCGCAGUCUGCUGGGUCGGUGGGUGUGUGUGUUAACUGAUUGGCUCCAUAUUCAGUGCAGAACAAUCCGUUUGCAUCUGUUCUUCCCGUAGCACCCUCCAGCUGCUAGAAACAAGAUCGCAUUACAGGAAGCAUUGAGGCCGCCCGACUCCCCAUCUUCCCGUAGUAAAGAUGGCGGCGCCCUGACAGUAAACGACACGUCAAACCACUUCCGCGUUUCUCCUGCGCCCUCGUUCAAGAUGGCAGACGAGGCCACCCGGCGUGUCGUGUCUGAGAUCCCAGUGCUGAAAACUAACGCCGGACCUCGCGAUCGGGAGCUGUGGGUGCAGCGCCUCAAGGAGGAAUAUCAGUCUCUUAUCCGGUAUGUGGAGAACAACAAGAAUGCAGACACUGAUUGGUUCCGACUGGAGUCCAACAAGGAAGGGACUCGGUGGUUUGGAAAAUGCUGGUACAUCCAUGAUCUCCUCAAAUAUGAGUUUGACAUCGAGUUUGACAUUCCUAUCACAUAUCCUACUACUGCUCCAGAAAUUGCAGUCCCUGAGCUGGAUGGAAAAACAGCCAAGAUGUAUAGGGGUGGCAAAAUAUGUCUGACUGAUCACUUUAAGCCUUUGUGGGCCAGGAACGUGCCCAAGUUUGGACUAGCUCAUCUUAUGGCUUUGGGGCUGGGUCCAUGGCUGGCAGUGGAAGUCCCCGAUCUGAUUCAGAAAGGCGUUAUUCAGCAUAAAGAGAAAUCAUCUGAAGGAUCAAGCCACUGAGGCUGGACAGGGGACCUUUGAGAGGCUCCGUUCCUUUUUCCUGUGUGUCCCUUACUCAUCUAAUGCUUCCCUCACACUCUUUCACCCACAACUGUUAUUAAGUAGCUGCAGCAGGCAUUGCUGGAAAAAAAACCAACAAACAGUAUUGCUAUGAAUGUCUAAGGCUACACAGGGAGGGGAAAGCCUGGGGCUUUGAAAAACCCAAAGGUCACUUAUAUCCCCUCCCCAGGUGGAGCGAUGUGAGGUCCUGGAGGGACAGCGGGUGGCGGAAAGUGGGUCCAUGGACUUUUGGUUUCUGGAGAUAACUCAUCAAUAAAAGCUGCUUCCUCUGGUG